AUGACUGAUGAAAAACAGGCCCUGGUAGAAAAAAUCAUUAAAGAUGUGCAUAACGUUUUGUCGAAAACAGCUGAGUUAUAUGCCUUCGAUAUUGUUCCUGUGGAAACGAAUUUUAGGAAUAAGUCUCCCGUGAUGUGCAUUGAAAAUUGCCUGGGUUUGGAGUCCUGGUGUGUGAAACAAGUUUAUUUGCACUCUUAUACUGAACUAAUGGAUAAAGCGUGUUUUCAAACACAAAAGAAGUGCAGACAAGUUUUGGAUUCUGAAACAUUAUUAAGAUUACUUAAUGUCACCCUCCUUAUCAAUCCUGAUCUCUCUGUAUUAUGGAAUAAAAGAAAAGAAAUGGUUCAAGAAUUGCUACUUGACACAUCAUCUGAAUUAAAAUUUACAAGAUUAGUUUUAUCAAGAAAACCAAAAUGUAAUGAUGCCUUUUCACACAGAAGAUGGAUAUUAGGAACAUAUUUAAACAAUCACCAGAUAAAUUAUUUGGAGAGUUUAAUUAACACAGAACUAAUUGUAUGUGAUUUAACAGCAGACAAAUGUCCUAAUAAUUACCAUAGUUGGAGUCAUCGCUUAUGGUUUAUAAACAAGCUAAAAAACAUUAUAAAGCAAAAUGACAUGCAUGCAUUAUACAUAAAAGAAUAUAACUUUUCUGAGAGGUGGAUGUCAAAGCAUGUUUCAGAUUUUAGCUGUUUCCAUUAUCGUCAGUUUUGUAUAAAAAAUAUCUACAACUUAAGUAACGUAUCUUGGAAAACUUUUGAGAACUCUUUAGAUAUAAAUUUUCGUAAAGUGCUUGUUUGUCUCCUUGCUAAAAAUUUUCCUAAAGAUAGGACAAUUCAAGCAUCAGAACAAGACUUAGUUUCAUAUUCAGAAGAGAAUCUAAUGAAGUUUUUGCUGUCUUAUAAUAAUAGUUGUUCGUGCAAUGUUGACAGUGUAUCAUUAUGUAGGAAAUUUGAGCUACUAUGCUAUGAACUCACACUUAAUAGUGAGCUGCUCCGAUUCUAUAAACAUCAUGAGAGUAUGUGGUAUCAUAGACGCUUUAUAUUGCAUGAAAUUAUUGAAAUGAUGUAUGAUCAUUUUGGUUUGUUUCGACAUAAUGGAGUGCUUGUAAAAAAAAGCUGUAAAUAUUGUAAAACAACUGAUCUAAAACAAAAACAGGCAAAGAUAAUUCGAUCUCAUGGUGACUGUUUGUAUAAAAGUGUUCUCUUUCAAGUAAUAAUAAAACAUGAAAAAAAAUUUAUACAAGAAAGCGAAGAAGACAAACAUGCAGUUAGACAUGAAAAAUAUUUGAAGCUUAUUCAAGGAUUAAACAAUCUUAUGUAA